UCCUCUUCCUCAUCCUUAUCUUCUUCUUCCCCUUUAACCCUCAAAUCCCCUCUCCCUUUCCUCAUGGCUGAUUCACACAGACGAAUCUCCACUCCCGCCGGUGGCUCUCGCUGCCAUCCGCCGCCGCAGCAGCAGCCAGGCUGCUUCCGGAGCCGGGCGCCAGCGUCCCUGCAAAUCAACCGCCCCGAUUGGAAGGUCGCCAUCCCUCUCUUGACCCCGCUCGUCUCCCCAUCAUCACCCAAAGAAAUACAAACUUGGGCGCCUAAUUCCGGCGAAGGAUCCUCCAAUUCUUCAAAUCAUAAAGAAUCGGAGCCGGAGAAGCCGCCGGUUUUUAAGAAAUGGCAGCAUCCGGCGGCCCCUUUUCAGUACGAUUCCGGCCCUAUGGAUUCCAGAUUCGUCCCUGCUUAGAUUUUUUUUUUUGUUGUUGUUCUAAUAAACUCUUCGAUCUGUGAAAUUUGAAUGCCAAUGAAAAUUGUAAUUAUUAUUUUUUUUUUUAGUGAUUGAAGUGAUUGAAGAGAGAUGGAAAGAUGAUGAAUGAUUGGGAUAUCAUUAAUUACUUUUUAAUGCGUUCAACAUUAAUCAUUUCACAAUCAUUGUGACCGAAUAAAUUAAUAUUGUAUAAAAUUUAUAAUUUGGGAUGUGCA